CAUAUGUAGAAUGUUCCUCGUGCGAGCGAAGCGCUAAAAUCAUCAGAGUGGGUAGACGCGAAUCAAGUCACCGAGCCGUGUGUUGUGUUGUGUUGUGUUGUGCGGCGAGUACAUACGAUCGAGACGACGAAAAAAAAGAAACGACUUGUUGGAUUUAGUUUUUGGGAGAGAACCGUCCGGGUGACAGCCGAAAUUUGAAGGACGUCGAUUGUCCACUGGGAACCGAAAGUUGAUGCAACCGGUGUCGGGAUUGUGUGCUGUUUUGCAGAAAAAAGAAGUUUUCGUAAAAAUAAAAGCCCAAGCCCCCAGUUCGAGGUGUGUUACGAAGGAAAACAACAAGUGGUCGAAGCAGUUUCAUCGGUAAACAUCUGUGUUCAUUGUGUGGAGAUUAAGAUCCCGUCGGCGAAUUCCAGCGAGUCCAUUGUCGAGGUAGUUCAGGGAAAUCGGUGUCAAUUAAGCGACGUUUGAUAAUUGUUACAAGCCGAAACGUUAGUAAGCACCAAUUCACACUAAGAUAUGUGCGAGUGAGUCAACUGAUUUGAACAUUAAUCGAGCUCGAGUCAAAUACGUAUCCGAUAACAUCAUAAUCUGGAUAAAAAACGUGGCAAACCCGAGCUACAAGCAGCGAAGCUAAGCUAACUGUGAGUAAAUUGAAAGUAAUCAUACUCGGAGUGACAUGCCAAGUAACCGCACCAGUGCCAUCCCUGCGUAAGUGACACAUGUACGCAAAAGCUGCGUUUUGAUUCGAUAAAAUAAGACCAUACAUUCAGUUCGUAGGAGUAAGCGACCGAGAAACGGCGAGAUCUGCGACCAAAUCAAAAGAUAAAAAUAAUCUCGAAAAGGGGAUCAAAACAUUAGGAGAGAGUCCCAAAAAAGUAGGAGCAGUCCCGCAGAAUAAGAGCAAGCGAAGAAAGACAACUGAAUUUUUAUCGGACAACGGCGUGUUUUCUGCUGCUGAUGUUUCCUGGUGCUCGCAUCUAACCAUCCGGAUCGGUCUGAAGCAGUACGCGGAGGAGAACGAGAGGGACGUGAGUGACCUGAUUGCCGCUGAAGCUGAGUAACCUGUGCGGAGAAGCUGUUGCUGGUGCUGCCUACUGUCAAACAGAAGUCGUGUACCGUCCAGUUCAUCCAUCUGUCAAAACGUACACAGAGAGUGAGAUCCCGUCCCAAAUAAUUCCUUUCAGUUCAUUCGGGAUCGCGGAAUUUCACGGGUGCGAAUUUUCUUGUUUCGCGAAAAUAAUCGGUGUAUAGUGUGUGGAAAACAAAUUGCUUUACGACACGGCCCUUUCCCGGAAAACUAGAAGCUUAAAACCGACGGUGAAACCGAACGGAAGUGCGCGAGUGUUACGAACCGGUCAACAAUUCGAAGAAUUCUCGCUACGCGGAAGUGUGUGCAUUAGUGGUUCUAUUUAUUUUGAGAAGUGCCAAAUACAAAAGUGACACCGUAAGAAGAAGCGUACCGAACGCUAGAACCGACAGAAACCGCGAGCGUGAAUCUUCCUUUGAUACCCGUACCCAGAAAAGCCGCAAAAAUUUGGGAAAUAAUGGAUCCCAAUGCAGCGCGUGAUUCGCGCUACAAUUUGAACUACAGCAUGAGUAUGAUGAGCGAAACGCCGGAAAUCUACGGAAAUCCGAACGUUUCGCUGGCCCGCCCUCCGAGCGGUGGCCUAGUCGGCCAGGUCAUGUCUCGCGGGGGCGGGGGCCUUAUGAGCUCUGCGAAUGGACCUCAGUGUGGUGCCGGUGGUGGCGGAGGCGGUGGAGGUGGUGGUGGCGGCGGAGGAAGUCUAUCCCGCGGCCUCAAAAGGACCAACUCGGACUGUUACGAUGACGGCCGGCAGAUGGUUGGUUCGCAGAACCUGACCGGCCUGGAGGGUUGUAACGUUGGAUCCGACGUUGUUGACGAAAGCUACACCUCACUGCAGCCGAAGAAGUCACCACCGAGCAACGGGAAGAAAACAAAGGGCCGUGUCAAGAUUAAGAUGGAGUAUAUCGAUAAUAAGCUGCGACGGUACACGACCUUCUCGAAGCGCAAAACCGGAAUCAUGAAAAAGGCCUAUGAACUUUCCACUUUAACCGGUACGCAGGUAAUGCUGCUGGUGGCCUCCGAGACCGGUCACGUGUACACGUUCGCGACGCGCAAACUGCAACCGAUGAUCACGUCGGAAGCGGGCAAAGCGCUCAUCCAGACCUGUCUGAAUUCGCCGGAUCCUCCCACCGGGUCGACCGGCGAUCAGCGGAUGUCUGCCACCGGGUUCGAGGAAACCGAACUCAGCUACAACAUCGGAGACGAAGAUUCGAAAGAUGAUCGUUCCCCGAUGUCGUCCGGUAGUGAUACCGAUGACUACUCGCCUCCAGAUUCGCCUGGGCCUAGCUGUAGUAAUAGUAACUUAAAUACUAAUCCAAUCAAUAAUAGCAAUAAUCACAGUGUUAGUAUAACGCCGCAAUCAUCGGCACCUAGUGCGUCCACUUCAGCUUCGGUUGCAGCAACCACAGCCGGUAACGGCCACGGAAUAAGCAGCAGUACCAGUAUCGCACUUAAUGCCAUCCAGCAGCAGAUCAAACAACAACAGCAGGCUCUCCAGCAUCAAAUACAACAGCAUCAGCACCAACAACCAUCGAUUUCGUCACCAACGGCGGCUCAACAACAACAACAUCAUCAUCAAACCCAAUUGUCCAACAGUGUCAUCUACCCGGCGGCGGCCUUAGCAAAUCUACCUCAGGAUGUGCUGGUUAACCUGCUGCAAACCGGGCAAAUUCAGCUGCACAAUGAGGAUGGCGCCCAGCAGUACAUCACCAUCCCGCUAUCACUGAUGUCAACCUUGAAGUCCGAUCCGAAAAAUGCCAAUGGACCCAACUCCGGAAAUGCCAAAUCAAACACUUCUACCCAUGCUCGAGCUUCGUCGUCGUCAACUGCAUCGUCACCUGCCGGCCGGAAACCACCGCCGGGAUCGUCGACGAAGGAACUAAUAAUUAAAACGGAAGAAAAUGAUUGAAACUAAAGUUGACGAUUUUUCGUAUUGCGUUUAUUCUUCAAUUUUGUUUAGGCUUAAAGACUUAUGAACUUAUGAGAUUGUGAAUUUUGUAACUAUUUCUGACUACAGUAAACACGAAAGGUUUAUUUAGGAAUAAACAGCCAAACUUAACCACUAGCUUCCAUUGAGGAACCAAUUCGCCUUAGUUUGUUUUAGCUUACCGAUAAGUCCCUUUUGACAUUGCGAUAAAUUGUAUCUGUCAAUGCGACGCAAAAACAUUUGAAAAUUUUCAGCACACUUAUAAAAUGCCAGUUUGGAGAGGAAGGUUCUUAGUAUGUUUUUAGGAUAUUUGGUCAACUGAUUAAUACAAAUAAUUUAACUUUUGUCUCAGAUUUUUCAGAAACAUAGUUUAAAAGGAACCAAAAACCCUUCUAUUCUAAUUUGAAUAUUACCAAAAUUAGAGACAAGUUUCUGGAAUAGUGUUGAUCGUGUUGAAAUUAAACGACCAUAAAAUAUACACAAUAUGUUUCUAUAAAAUAUACAUAAUAGGUGAAAUUUGUUUAAUUUUUAUUCUCAUCUGAGAGUAAAAUUCACUGUAAUAAUGUGAAAGACAAAUCCGAGGACUGCUUGAAAACAAAAAAUCUACAAUUGCUUUACAGAAAUGCAUCAUAUAGAUUAUUAAAAUAGUUACACCAUGGCAAUCACAAAACGAUACUUCAAAGGGAAAACAUCCUAUAAUCCCGAAAAGUUAAGACCAGAAAAGAACUUAGAAACACACUACAGAGCCUUGCGCAAAAAAAGUUGUUUUGUAGAUUAGUGUAGUAUAUUAUUUAAAUGCCACAGGCACAUUCAAAGUAACCAACAAAAGCAUUUUUCAAAGACGGUACAACAACAUCGCAGACAGAUUAGGAACAUUGAAUCAGCGAAGCCAAGCACACUCUCGUAGUACACCAAAAAAAAUUUCAUCCAUUACAACCCACCAUAAUCGACUCACCUAAUGAUAAGAAACCCCGCAAUACAUAACAACACACACAAACGAGAGAAGAUUUUGUAAAGUGCGCUUUGGCAGCUGUUGACUCCUAGGUUAAGCAUGAAUAAAAGAAUUUCUUACUAGCAAAAAUAAAAACAUUAGUUGUUUGAUACUUAGCUAAAUAUCUUCGAUCUACAUAAAUAGAUUAAGUCGCAACCAAUUACAAUGUUUAAUAGUGUAUUUUAUAAAAUGGCUCUAUUUGUUGUUAGUUUCUUGACUUUCAUUUUUUGUUACAGUUCACUAUAGGCAUUGUAU